CUGUCCUAUCCACGUCCCGCGUUUCUCUCUCCGGGAGCCGCUUACCCCUAGCUCUUCCAUUGUGUUGUGCCUUUUCAGUUUAGCCCCGCUUGCUGCGUAAGACUUUCACCUCCUUUGCUGCAGGGAGAUUUACUCCAUAGUUUCCGAACCUCCAGUUGCAAUGGAGCUCUAUGGAAAGAUGGCCUCUACCCAAGAUGCCAGGUAUGGCCAGAAAGACUCCUCUGACCAGAACUUUGACUACAUGUUCAAAUUGCUGAUCAUCGGCAAUAGCAGUGUGGGGAAAACAUCUUUUCUGUUCCGUUAUGCGGAUGACUCCUUUACAUCUGCAUUCGUCAGCACAGUUGGGAUCGAUUUCAAAGUAAAAACUGUAUUCAAAAAUGAAAAGAGAAUCAAGCUCCAGAUUUGGGACACAGCUGGCCAGGAAAGAUACAGGACCAUCACUACAGCUUAUUAUCGUGGGGCCAUGGGCUUUAUUUUAAUGUACGACAUCACAAAUGAAGAAUCCUUCAAUGCAGUGCAAGAUUGGUCAACUCAAAUCAAAACGUACUCUUGGGACAAUGCCCAGGUUAUCCUGGUUGGGAACAAAUGUGACAUGGAAGAUGAGCGGGUCAUCUCAACCGAGAGAGGCCAACAUUUAGGAGAACAGCUUGGGUUUGAGUUUUUUGAAACAAGUGCCAAGGAUAACAUUAAUGUCAAGCAAACCUUUGAGCGCCUCGUGGAUAUCAUCUGUGACAAAAUGUCAGAGAGUUUGGAGACCGAUCCGGCCAUCACUGCCGCAAAGCAGAACACAAGACUCAAGGAAACCCCUCCUCCACCGCAGCCCAACUGUGGCUGUUAGUGCCCCUCCCACACGGGCAGCUCCAGGGGGCUUUGGUUGCCAAGAAACAGCAUUCAUAAAUGGUCUAUUAGCCUUCACUUAUACUGCCUAAUAAUUAUUUGAAGGAAGUCUUUGAUGUCAAUGGCCCAUACACACAUUCAAAUCAUGGGAGAUUUACUGUGUUAAUAUGUGGCAAAUAUGUGAUCUUAAAUUUGUAAGGAUUAUUCAUCUAUAAACAUCUGGUACUUGCAUGUGACUUGUUAUUUAUUCGUCUUCAAGUUUUUUUUUCCUUCUUUUUUUUUGAAAAAUUUCUUCUCACUUAAGCUACUGCUGGAACCUCAGACUAAAUUUCACUACAUCUGACUUUUGUGCCAUGGAUUUAUCUUAUGCUGUUCACCUGUAGAGAUGAUGAACAAGGAGUUGCUUGAAUGUGUAUGUGUGAGCAGGGGGAGAUAUCAGGAGACUUAAUUUGUUUUACUCUUAGCUGAAAAUUGAGUGGAAAUUUUACUCCUGAUUAGGGACAAUGUCAUAGGUCUGUGAAGUUUACUACUUGAAAGUGUAUCUAUUUUUCAUUCAUAGUUGAGGAGGUCAUUGACCAUAGAUAAAUUAAAAUAUUGUUUUUAAGGUCCUUGCCUAAGUCAUUAAUAUUAACCUGACUGGAACUAGAUUUAAUCAGUUACUUUAACUUAUAUAUUUAAAUAAACAAAUACCCUUCCCCGGGACUGUUCUUUCCACUGAUUCUACUCAGCUUUCUGAAUGUUUGAGGGCAUUGAGCAGAUGGAAGGGUAUCUACUGGAAGCCAGUUAUGCAGUCAGCGUUUUAACCAAGAAGGGUGUGAGUAAUUAUAGAAUUCCAAGGCCUGAGCUCCCCUAUUUCCUUAGUGACUUGCUCCCCACCACACACUCCUGCACCACUACCACAACUUUCUGGAACCAUCAACUCUCGAAACAGAGGUUAGGUUGAAGUUUGUUAAUGCUCCUAUUCCUGUGGGAUAUAGACUUGUUUCCCCAACCAUUACCUUCUGCUCAAACCUCAGCUAUGUUCUUCGACCUAUUUAGAAGCUGUUUGAGCAGUUUUUCAGUGGGUCCCAAGUUGAAGAAAAACUGUUUUCCUCUUUACUGUUUUUCAGUCUGGGUGUUUGUAAUUCUAAAGCAUAGCCCCAUUGUGUAAGUCUUUAAACAUGCUUACUUUACUCAGAGAACACUUAGUAGCUGAAAGUUCCAGAAAUAUUUAGGAUCUACAGCAAUUUGAAAAAAGGAAGGGAAUCGUUUGAACAUCCAGACUUUUUACCCCAGAUUUUCUGAAAACAAUAUACAAAUUACAGACGACAGAGUCCACUGCUGCCUGGAACCUGGUGAAGAACUCGGCAUCGUGUCAAAGUCCAGCACUAUUAACAGCUAGGAUCUGGGGAGGGCAGUGGCAGCACUUGAAAGAUUCCGAAGGACACUUCCAUUAGGUGGACUUUCUCUGUUUUAGGUGGUUGUGUUAUUUUUUUUUUUAAAUCUCUUUUCAAAAAUAGAGAAGCUCCUCAUGAAAAUAUUUGGUGCAUGUUUAUUGGUCAAGGAUAGGAAAAUAUGCCUAUAUCGAAAGAGAUUUCUGGUGAAUAAAUGCCUACAAAGUGGAACUAGGUCACACACAUGAUCAAUAACUUAAAAGAAUGAAAAGAGCAUUUGGAGUUUUAAAGCAUAUUCAUGCUCUUUUUUUUUUAAUCUUUCUUAGUUUCAGUUCCACUAAUUGGUAAUAAACUUCCACUUUCAAGAGUGAAGACAAGGAAACGUUAAUGUUUUAUUAGAUUUUAAUGGGAAAGCCUAAACCAAGUGUUCACUUACACAGUGUCAAACUUUCCAAAGUUGGACCACUGUACCCCAGGUGUCCUUACCAAGGAU